AUGUCUGGUAGACGGCUAUUCGUGACCGGAAUUGCGAAUAAUGUCGGUGAAGAGGCCAUACGUACCUAUUUUUCCCAAUUCGGAUUCAUGUCCGAGUUCACAUUGCCUGUGGAGAGGGAAACGGGUAUGAAUAGAGGGUACGCUUACAUCACUUUUUUGGACGAGGCCUCGACUGCCGAGUGCCUAGAGGUGUCUACGCAUAAAAUCCGGAAUAGGGAAGUAACAGUAAUGCGACUGUCUGAUGAAGACAGCUUGACGAAGAUGGAGGCGCUGAAGUCACGACGACUUUUUGUGAGCUUCCUUGGAGUGGAGAGUGUCACUGAAGAUUCCCUUCGACAAGCGUUUUCCGCUUACGGUUCUGUUUCGUCAGUUCAUUUUGCUCGAGAUGAAGAAGGAAAACUUCUGUACUAUGCAAUUUUGACUUUUGACAAUGAGGAUGCUGUCGACUCGUGUUUGAAGCUGAAUCACUGCAUUAAUGGACGAUCGAUUGCUGUAAGAAAAGCAGUAACCAAGGAACAGUUCAAGCUAGCUGAACAGUCUGAAAGGGAGCGUGCACAUUUGGAAGAACAUAUUCCUCGUUCUACCGUGUAUGUGGCUUCUGGUUAUCCAUCACAAGCUGAUUUUCAUCAAGAGCAGUAUCGACGUGAAUACGAGCAAUAUCAGCUGCAGAUGCAGGAGUAUCAAAACAGGUCAGAAUCCCCC